AUGGCUUACGAGACCAACAAUGAGAUUAUCGUUGACCUCGGAGUCAAGCCAACUGGCAUCAUGAUAGACUACAGUCACCAACUCAUCCACCGAAGUAAAGAUAUCCCACUGAGCAAGCCUCGUUUCAGCUGGAACUACCUGGAGUUUCCAGAAAACGUCAAAUAUGAAGUAAUCAGAGAUGGAUUCAAUAUCACUUAUCACUUUGAUACCGCGUCAUCGCCAAGCGUCGGUGUUAUCUUGGAAAACCUGGAGGGAAAGUUUGCUCACAUUCUGGAAGAAAGGGAAAAUGAAAAGAGAAAUAGAGCGGUGCACAUCAUCCUAAUCAUAAUCAGUGUCUUUCUCAUUUGGCACACAACUAUCUGGUUUUUUUGUGUGUGGUGUCAAGUUUGCAAGAGCACAAGAUAUAGAAAAAGGCUGCGGCGAAGAAUUGAGAGAGAAGAGGAGAACAACCUUAAUAUUAUUUCUUUGCUUGAUUUUGAUCAACAGUCUUCGGGUACUGCAUACCACUCUGUGCACAGUGUUGAUAAUGACACAUUUAUCCCUUGCCCCUAUCACUUCUUUUCUACCAAUCCAAAAUUCCUAAUUCAACCCACACAGUUCCCAGUGUUUUCGAUCCUUCUUUUUCCUCUCCGUCACUCACGUCCCGGUUAUACUGUUUCCCGGUAUACAAAUUGGCCCGACUGUAUAUCUUCCUUUCAAAUACAUUUUGCCCACGAAGUGUGUUUCAAUCACUAA